CGUCAACCACACCCUCAAGUUCCAUUCAAGUUACUUGUACAGCCCUUGGACACCACCAAACAGCAACUUCUUCUUACCGACAAACCCACCAACAACCACCACCAUGCCUUUCACCGCUAGCGACAUUUGCAAGAUCCUCCUUGCCAUCAUCCUCCCACCUAUCGGUGUCUUCCUCGAGCGCGGCUGCGGAGCCGACUUCCUCAUCAACAUCCUGUUGACCAUCCUUGGUUACAUUCCGUUAAACUAUCUCACUGCUACCCUUACCCACGCAGAAAUCAACCUUAUCAGCAAUCCAAACAGACCAAGCUACGAUACGAUUCGCGACUUGGAGAUAGCUUCCCAAGGGAUACGCAGCAAUGCAGACCAGUUUGAGGAAUCGCUGAGGAUCAAGAAUACGCUCGAUGCCUUCGCACGUAGAGCUGCUGCCGAGCCGAGUUUGGAAGUGCUCGCAGCCAUUUUGAACUGCGAGUACAAACUCUGGAAGAUGAAUGAGGGCAUAUCAAUGCGAUUUAAGCCUUUCUUGUCGCAUUGGAUUGAAUCGCUUAUGGUCAUUGAGGGGGAGCUCGCUGCUUUGCAGCUGGACACGGUCACGGAUAGCCACAUGAAGAAUACGGUCACGACGGACGAGAUUUUGCGGAUCAGAGCAAGAUGUAUCAAGGGUUUGCUGGUGGACAAGCCGAUACCUCCAAAGGAACCGACCUGGCGGGCGUACCAGCGAAUGCUCGAGAACGAGGCUACGCUGCCAGACUUCGACAUCGUACCGUAUAUGCAGAUGCUUGUGGAAACACAGAUCUGGGACAGGUUACCGGAGGAACAGGUGCAACCUGUGGAGAAGCAUGCGCAGAAUGGGACGGAAAAGAACGGAUUGCGCAAGGCCAAGAAACAGAGAGUCAAUGGGUCAGAGUCUUGGGAAGAGUGUAUGUUGCGAAAGCUCAGGGACGCACCCGAAGUAGCUGCCGAUGAACUCGCGCGUCUCCCUCUUGAGAUUUCGUCGCUCGAUUUUCUUACCAGACUUCUUGUUGAUGAUACCUUCAAGCAGUUUGAUGUCGACGGUCCGAACAUCAUCCUCCGUUUUAUACAGCACGCAUUACGGCUCGUCGAGGCCAUGGAGGCUCCCCCACCAACUUUGGAGCUGACUACAAACGGUAUACCGAUUGUCGAAUACGGGAAAGAAGCGCAGACCCGUGCUAUCAGCAUCCUGCUGUUGUUUAUCAAGAAUUCUAUGAGCAAGGGCAAGUUGGAUGCUGGAAUGCUUAUUUUUGAAAUCCAGGAGAUAUGCAUCAGGUACCUGUGGAUGAAGGAAGUUCGUGAGUUUCGGGCUUGGAUAGAGCAAGGACCUUGGGAUGAUUGAAGGAUGUGUUAAUACGCAAUCGGUCGACAAGAAGAUAGGAACAGGACGAACUAGAGCUACAACUUGGUGCAUCGCUAGUACUGUUGGCUAUCAUGUUAGGAAGGCGGUGUGUCGAAACAGUGUAUCACAACGUUUGCUGCAUAGUGAGACUACUACGAGGGUACAGGAGACUCGCAAACGUCUGUGGAAAUUGCAGUGUUCUCCCAGAAAACGAAGAGUCAAUGAGCAUAUCUUCUCUGCCGUCAUUGACGCGAAUACCGAAAUAUCGGAGAAGGCCAUGGCACGGCAUUACGGAAUCCAGAAACUCUGGCUUGCUGCAUGACAUCUCACAGCCGUACGUGUCGAAACUGCCAUCGCCAACCUUGCUUAGAUGGAAGAGUGCUUUCCGGAGUAUGGGUGACGCGUU